AUGCUGACCAGACUACCAGAAGAGAUUGUUUGCGCUAUCGCCGCUCAACUUAGUCCCGCAACGCUGGCGGUGCUGUCAUGCGUCUCCAAGCGACUUCACGCCAUCUGCUUGCCCCUCCUUUACAAGCAGGUUGUUAUCGAUGGCCCCACCAUCGCGAAAUGGCGCCGGAUGGUCAACUCGGGUCAUUUAGCACCAACACAAGCAUAUCAUAUCGAGUUCUUGAGUGAUCUAUGCCUGGAAUCUGGAUUACGAUCAUUUAAACUCUGUGGGUACUGGGUCGGCCUCCUGGAUCAAGCGCUCGAUGGCCUGGAAAGCAACAGUGUUCUGCAUGAACUUCAAAGCCUCCAACAUCUGGAGACCAUCCUGCUCUAUCACCACCCAAAUCCACGCUGUAAUUUCAGAUGGAGACUACCCGAGUUUAAGAACCUUCAGUCACUCGCGCUUCAUCGCCUGGGAGAACGUGAAUGGAGGGACCAAACCUCUGAUGUGGUCAAAGUCCUGCUUGCAUCCCCAGGGCUAAGGGAUCUAGGGCUCAGCUUCGUUCCCGAAGCCGGACUGGACAACGACUUCCUUUGCAGGCUCAUCUCCGACUUUCGCUCGCGACGACAGCAACUUGAGCAGCCGGCUCUUCAGCUUAAAAGCCUACACCUGGGAAUCGGCACGAUGCCAUGGAGUAACCCGCGUUUUGAUAUGGCGGGUUAUCUCGAUGACUUGACGGACUUGUCUCAUCUCACUUCCUUACGGCUCGAUAAUAUGCACUACUUUCCCUUCCAGAGCCCGGUUGUUCCCUACAAGCCUAUAGACCCGACCCUUUUUCAACAUGCGACCAACCUCAGAAGGAUCUCAGUGGAGCGAUUCGGCCCGGAUAUUCUACGCCUUGUCCAGCUCCUGCAGGAGAUCCAAUCACCUCUGAGAUUAGACGCCCUCGAUGUACUGGAUUACGGCACCACACUACAACCGGAUAGUCCCGAAUUUGCAAAUGAAUACUUGCAUGAAUUCCACAUGCCUGAAUUUGUGGGCGAGCCCAUCUAUUCGGUUCCAUUGGACAAGACUGGAUACGCAUGGCGUCGACUCUGCUACUCAGGGCCCGUGGCCUGGGACAAUUCUAAGGAGAUGCUCAACAAGUCGCGGGAACUGCUGACACACUUUGUCGCCCGGUGUACAGCAUUAGAGGAACUCAUCAUUCCAAUCCAUAAUCGAGACGAAUUUGACGUCCUGAAGACAAAUGUCCUUCCUCGUCUGCCCAAUCUCCAUACCCUUCAUCUUCCCUGGCCAGAUCUGGCGGCUUUCUUGUCCGAUCUUGAAAAGCCGUGGCAUGAGCCGUACCAUCUCCACAAUAUGAGUGAGGAGGAAAAAGAACGGCUGUUCCAGAAAGACCGGGAACUGGACAGGGAGCAAGAGAAGUCCUGA